CUCUCGUCCCGACAGGACCGUCCGCCGCGCAGCACUUUGUGGCACCAGGACCCCGCGUGCCAUGUGUCAGUGAGUGGUAGUGAUCUAGUGAGUGCGACGCGCCGCCCACCCCUUGGACUAAGUGCACCGCCGGACCAACAAACUACAAGAGGAUGGGGAGGGGUGCGGGGCCGGCGCGCAGCCUGGCGGCCCGCGUGGCGCUGGGGCUGUGCUUCGCCCUCGCGUGCAGCGCGGCGGGAGACACCACGACCUGGGCUCCUAAGGACGUUUGUCCAGAGCCGCCUACCAGAGAGCUCGUGUGCUACUACGAGGGCAGCACGCCCGUGUCCCGCCUGGACGCGUGUCUGUGCACCAGCGUAGUGUUCACCGACGUGGCCAGCAAGGCCGGGGACGGCUUCAAAGUCGACAUUGGUGUGCGCAGCGAGGUGCGUGCGCUGCGCAAGCGCAACCCGUGGGUGCGCGCGCUGCUGCAGCUGCAGGUGGGGGCGGCGCAGCUCAAGAGCGAGGAGCGCCGGCAGCGCGCGUCCCAGGCCGUGAGCGCGGCCCUGCGCAAGGCCACGGUCGACGGCGUGGAGCUGGACCUGGACUGGAGCCACCACGGCGCCGCCAACAAGUCCCACCUCACCGCGUUCGUCAAGGCGGUGCGCUUCCAGCUGGACUCCGCCGACGCGGUCGACCGCCGGCGCGCCAAGAGGGACUACGAGAUCUUUGAGAGGGUCACCAAGUCCGUGUCCACGACCGAGGCGGCCACCGCCGCCGACACGGACGCCGACACCGACGCCACCGAGUCCACCGAGCCGACCACGUCCGAGACCAGCGGCACCGCCUCGGACACGGCCGCCGACACCGCCGGCACCGUCACCGACGACGAG